ACGCCAAUAUUCAUGAGGAGAGGGAUGGAGCGGAUUGGAGAAAGAGGCGAAGAAUCGUCGGCAUCUUCCGGAUCCCAACCGGGGCCGCUCAAGCGCCUGAAAACCCUAGAGAAGGGCAAGGCGAAGGUGGAGAUGAAACCAUGGGGCGUCGGAGAAGAUUACGCGGCGUUCUCCGAGAAGGCGGAGGAGGAGGAGGAGGAGGAGGAAGAGCAGACGUGCGGCAUCUGCUUUUCCGGUUCCGGGAGGUCGGUCCGCGGCCGGAUCGAUUGUUGCGACCACUACUUCUGCUUCGUCUGCAUCAUGGAGUGGGCUAAGAUCGAGUCGAGGUGCCCCCUCUGCAAACGUCGCUUUGGUUCCAUCCGCCGCCCUCCGGUGCGCGGCGUCUUCCUCGCCGAGCGGGUGGUCGAUGCCCCUGUCCGCGAUCAGGUUUACAAUCAUGGAAACGAGAGCAGAGCGCCUGAUCCAUAUGCAAAUAUUACCUGCAGUAUUUGCCAUGGUUCUCAAGAUGAAGAACUACUACUGCUUUGUGAUUUAUGUGAUUCAGCUUCUAAUACAUUUUGUAUUGGUUUGGGGGCUACUAUACCUGAGGGAGAUUGGUACUGUGCUGAUUGCACCAUUUCUAAGGAUUGGCAUUCAGGAUUGCAGCUUGAGGAUGAUCCUUGUCCUCAAUAUUCUCCCAAAUUGGGACUAUCUAAGCAAUUCAUUUCAAUCGCCGACGUUGUAGCUGAUGAAAUCCCUUCUUAUCCAUCCAGAAGGUUUAAUGUCGGUGUUCAAGAACCACAAACAACUUAUCAGUCCAGAAAUGUUUUUCAUGGCAGACGUGAUAACUCUGGUACACAGACAGAUUCUUCGUCUGUUCCUACUAUUGGUGAAUCUUUAAAUAACCCAGCAAUACAGAAUGAGGCAGUUGCCAGAACCUUGCAAAGUUCUCGUAAUUUACAUGGUCAUAUACAAUCUUUGCGGAAAAAUUGGAAUAACCUUCGUACUGGUUCGUUACAGUUCUCCAAUUUAUCAGCUGUGAGGAUAACUGAGAAAAGACAAUUUGAGCCACUGGAAACUAUGAACACAUCAAAACAAGAAGGCAACUCAUAUCAUGCAAACCAAGAACAAACAAAUACAUCUAGUGUUUAUAACAGUACAUGUAAGAUAGCAGAUUCAGAAGAUAUCAGCAAAGCAUGGAAAAUGAUGGAAAUGGCUAAAGCUGUACAAUCAAAUGGAAGAGAAAACAAAUCUAAUAAUCUCCUGAACUCUCUUUGUAAGAAGAAUGACAUAAAGAAUGCUGUAAAUCAUCAUAGCUUGGCAAAUUACUCUAGCAUGAGAAAUGCCUCUAAGGGAGCUGAAAAGUGUCAAUCUGGUUUGAGAACUUGCAAUGGUGAAUCACCACUUGGCAAUAGUGCUUCUCAAUCUGGAGCAGAAGAGAAAUUUCAAGGACCUCACUGGAAGAAUGAGCUAUCACCACAAGUGGCCUUAUCCCAAACUUCAGUGUUGCCUAAUUCCCAAAACUCACUUACUCAUUCUGGUUCUGCUGCCUUCUCUUCUGAUAUUGAAGCAAAAAACAAAGAAAUCUCACGCAACAAGAUGGACACUAGUUUGAACUUGAGCACUGACAGUAAUAGGGUUAAAAGAACUCCUAACCAAAAGUUUGAAUCAUUUGAUAAGCUGAAUUUGGGUGGCCCAAGUAUAGAUGCUUUGAAAACAAGUGAUUCCACCUACAGUAGUUGUAAAAGUGAGAUCCAGUAUUUAGUCAAGUUGAACCUGAGGCUGCUAACCAGAGACAAAAAAUUAGAAAUUGCAAGCUUCAAGCAAGUUGCAAGGAUUGCUACUCACACCAUAUUAGCUGCAUGCGGAUUGGAACAUUCCGAAUUGUGCGCUCGAGCUUUCUCAACUCCAAUUUGCAAACACUCCAAAGAAAAUCAAUUCCGUAAGUCGAAUUUAAUGUCCAAUUCUUGUCAUGAAUGCUUCUGCUCCUUUGUACAGAGUGUUGUGAAAUCUGUUACAUCUGAAACAAAUUUAUUCCAAUCUCCACCAUGUUGACUUCUGAUCUUCUGGCAUUGGUUUGGUGCCUUGGAUAAAUGCAAGUCAUCUCUUUGUACCUGAUUCUUUUUUGUUAUAAUAUACAUCUUAAAUUAUUA